ACUUCACCUCGAAAGAACUUCCUGACUUCAUUCCCACCAACACCCCCGUCCAUCUCCUCCCUCCCACACCCGCCACGACCGCAAUUGUUAUCCUCAAUUGCUUUCCCCCCUCUCGCCCGUCAUGGCUCUCUCCGCCGCUUCCGGUUCUAUGCUGCGCGUUUGCGCUCGCCAGCAGCUGCCCACCACCUCCCGCGCCGCCAUCGCCUCCUGCCAACAACAGAGGGGAGUCGCUUCGUCGUUCGACAGCCCCUUCGGCCCCGCCUCUAAGGACUCCACCUACAAGAUCCCCGACUUCAGCAAGUACCAGAGCAAGAAGAGUCCUCGUUCGAACCAGGUCUUCUCCUACUUCAUGGCCGGUACCAUGGGUUUGGCUUCCGCUGUCGGCGCCAAGGCUACUGUUCAGGACUUCUUGGUGAACAUGUCCGCCUCCGCUGAUGUCCUGGCCCAAGCCAAGGUUGAGGUUGGCCUUGGUGCCAUCCCUGAGGGCAAGAACGUCAUCAUCAAAUGGCGUGGCAAGCCCGUGUUCAUCCGUCACCGUACCCAGGAAGAAAUCGAUGAGGCCAACAAAAUCGACGUUGCUUCCCUCCGUGACCCCCAGGCCGAUGAGGAGCGUGUGCAGGAUCCCAAGUGGCUGGUUAUGCUUGGUGUCUGCACACACCUUGGUUGUGUCCCCAUUGGCGAAGCUGGUGACUUUGGUGGCUGGUUCUGCCCUUGCCACGGUUCUCACUACGAUAUCUCCGGCCGUAUCAGGAAGGGCCCUGCUCCUCUCAAUCUCGAGGUUCCUUCGUACAACUUCCACGACGAUGAUACCAUGGUCAUCGGUUAAACGAUGGCGAGAAAAAGAUAUGGAUUCGUUGAUUGGGAACGAUGUGAAUAGCAUCAUAGACCGUUGGACACGAGAAUGGGAAGAUAGAAAGGUUUGUGUGUAUGUUUUUGCAUCUCUUCUUUCAUGUCUUUUGUCAAGAUUUGAAAAAGAGAUCUUUUGUUUUAAUAGGUAUGGACAAAAAUGAGCCGCAUGUUUCUUUUUCUACCAGG